GUUGGCUCCAUCAAGACCGUCCUCGGCCACACCGAGGGCACCGCCGGCAUCGCCGGCAUCCUCAAGGCAGCGUGGGCGCUGAAGAACGCCACCAUACCGCCCAAUCUCCUGUUCAACGAGCUGAGCGCCGCGGUGGCGCCCUAUUACAAGGACCUGGCGAUAUGUCGCGAGGCCAUCCCUUGGCCCACGCUGCCAGAGUCGCAGCCCCGGAGAGCCAGCGUGAACAGCUUCGGUUUUGGGGGCACAAACGCGCAUGCGAUUCUAGAGAGCUACGAAGCGCCCCCAGACUCGCGCGCGGGCGCCGAGCAGGGGUCGCUCUUUGCUCCCUUUAUCUUCUCCGCGUCUUCAGAAUACGAUCUCCGCGCCAACCUGCAGGCGUUUGCUUCCUACCUAGAACAACACCCUUAUCUAGCCGUGCACGACAUCUCCUACACCCUGCGGCACCGCAGGUCCGUCUUGCCGCACAGGGUUGCGUUCCCGGCCGGAUCUAUAGCGUCUCUGCGGGCUAGCAUUGUGGCCGAGCUGGAGAGCACAGACACUCCCGUCGGUUUCAGGACGCUCGUGAAGAGCGGCCGAUCUGGACGCGUCCUGGGCGUGUUCACAGGUCAGGGUGCCCAGUAUGCGCGGAUGGGCUCUAAGCUCCUGGAACAGUCUCCCUUGGCGCAGAACACCAUCAGGAAGCUCCAGGGACAUCUGGAAGAGCUGCCUGCGGAGGACCGCCCAGAUUGGACGCUCGAAGCCGAGCUGCUGCGUGCGGGUGAGACGUCCCGGCUGGACGAGGCCGCGAUAUCCCAGCCGCUCUGCACGGCCGUGCAAGUCAUGCUGGUCGAUGUCCUUGCGGAAGCCGGCGUCUCCUUCAGCGCCGUUGUCGGACACUCCUCGAGCGAGAUAGGCGCGGCGUACGCCGCCGGUUGGCUGAGCGCACGCGACGCCAUCAUCAUCGCCUACUACCGCGGGCUGCACAGCAGCAAGGCCAAGAGCCCCAACGGGGACAUGCAAGGCGCUAUAAUGGCCGUGGGCAUGCCCAUGGGGGACGUAUUGGAACUGUGCGAGGACGCAGACUUUGCCGGCAGGCUGGCCGUGGCGGCGUGCAACUCUUCCUCCAGCGUCACCAUCUCCGGCGAUGUGGACGCCAUACACGAGUUGCAGCUCGUCCUGGAUGACGAACGCACGUUCAACCGCGUGCUCAAGGUGGACAAGGCCUACCACUCCAGACACAUGCUUCCCUGCGCCGA